AUGGCUUUAGCUGAGAAAAUCUGCAUUUUUGUCAUUCUUCUACAAGGUGUUUGCUGUAGAGAUUUCAACAUCAGUUUGCCAGAGAAGAUUCAAGCUCUCAGUGGAUCCUGUGUGAUUAUAAAGUGCAGAUUUGACAUUAAUGAAACAUAUGAUAAAGACCUCACUGAGAGUAAUGCUACAGGAUUUUGGUUCAAAAAUAGCCAUGCAGUUUUUAACUCCAGAGAUCCAAAACCUAAUCAUUUUCAAGGGAAGAUGUCUGGAAAACUACAGGAGAAGAACUGCACCACCAUCUUUUAUAAUGUUAGUUCACAACAUAGCGGGACAUAUCUUUUUAGUAUUGAGAGUGUUAAACUAAAAUACACCUAUAAAGAUAAAUCCUCCUCCCUAAAUGUUACUGAGUCUCCAGUGAAUCCGCGAGUUGUGCUGUAUGAGGAUGAGCAGGAGCUGCAGGAUCAGCAGGAGGUGUUGGAGGGCAGAUCUGUGAGUCUGCGCUGCUCUGCUGAGACUCUCUGCUCUUCUCCUCCAGCAACUCUCACAUGGAGCUCCACUGCCAGAAUCCCCCUCAGUGAGAGCAGCAAACUACAGGAGCUCAUCAUCUCUGACCUGAACUUCACUGCUGCUCAGCGGCACCACAGAGUCACUUUCACCUGCUCUAUAAGCUACCAGCUGCAGGACAACAACAGAACAGCUCACAGCAGCAUCACAUUACAUGUGCAGUAUGCUCCUCAAAUAUCCAUCUCCUCUAGUUGUACCAGUACUGAUGUAACUUUGUGUUUCUGUGAGGUUGAUGGGAAUCCCUCUCCUGAAGUGGAGUGGCAUCUAUCUGGGCGUCUCGUCUCGAACUCUUCAAAUACAUCCAUCAGUGAAGAGCGAUUGAGCAACACAAGCUUGAUGAGCUUCAUCUCUCUACAUCAGUCUCUCACACACACAAACACUCUGCUGUGUGUCAGUAAAAACACACAUGGGUCUGCAAGUCAGCAGCUUCACAUGAAUUUCAUCUCCACAGUGGCUUCGUGGUUCAGCACUUACUCCUUCCUAAUCGGAGCUGUUGUUGGGGCAGUUUUGGUGAUUUUAUGUGUCUCAGCACUGCUUUACAAGCGAAUCUGCAAGACCAAAAUGGGCAGUAAAUCUGGAUUUAUUCAGACUGAAGAGAAUUGGAAAAUGGGCUUAGCAGAGAAAAUCAGCAUUAUUGUCUUUCUCUUACAAGGUGUUUACUGUAGAGAUUAUGGCAUCUUCUUGACAGACAAGAUUGAAGCUCUCAGUGGAUCAUGUGUGAUUAUAGAGUGCAGAUUUGAGAUUGUUCCAGAAAUGGAUAAACACCUCACUAAAGACAAUGCUGUAGGAUUUUGGUUCACUGAAAAAAAAAAAGAAGUGUUUCAUUCUAAAAAUCACAAACCUGAUCAUUUCGAAGGUACAAUGUCUGAAAAACUACAUGAGAAGAACUGUACCACUAUCUUUUAUAAUGUUGGUUCAGAUCACAAUGAUAAAUUUUACUUCAGAAUUGAGAGUACUGUAAAUGGUAAUGGGCUGAAAUACAACUACCUUAAAAAUCUAUCCACCAUAAAUCAGGAGCUGCAGGAUCAGCAGGAGGUGUUGGAGGGCAGAUCUGUGAGUCUGCGCUGCUCUGCUGAGACUCUCUGCUCUUCUCCUCCAGCAACUCUCACAUGGAGUUCCACUGCCAGAAUCCCCUUCAGUGAGAGCAGCAAACUACAGGAGCUCAUCAUCUCUGAUCUGAACUUCACUGCUGCUCAGCGGCACCACAGAGCCACUUUCUCCUGCUCUAUAAACUACCAGCUGCAGCACAACAACAGAACAGCUCACAGUAGCAUCACAUUGCAUGUGCAGUAUUCCCCUAAAAACACCUUAGUUUCUGUCUCUCCCUCUACAUCUGUGUUGGAGGGCCGUUCAGUGACUCUGACCUGCAGCAGUGAAGCAAAUCCUGCAGUGCUGAGCUACAGCUGGUCUAGAGAGACUGAAGGACAGUUGGAGAUGCUGCAGACUGGAGAAACUCUUACCUUUAAUGAGACAACAUCAUCUCACAGCGGCUUCUACUUCUGUACAGCUCAGAACAGACAUGGCAACCAGACGAAAGCAGUGACGCUCGACAUCCAGUAUGUUCCGCAAAUCUCCAGUUCCUCCAGCUGUACUAGUACUGGAGUUACUGAGUGUUUCUGUGAGGUUCAUGGGAAUCCCUAUCCUGAGGUGGAGUGGCAUCUUUCUGGACAUCUCGUCUCGAACUCCCCAAACACGUUCAUCAGUGUGAAGCAAUUGACCAGCACAAGCUUGAGGAGCAUCAUCUCUUUACAUCAGUCUCUCACUCACACAAACCCUCUGCUGUGUGUGAGUAAAAAUACUCAUGGCAAUGCAAGUCAACUGUUUUAUUUGGUUUUCAUCUCUGAAAAAGAAUGGUUUAACAUUUACUCCCUCAUGAUUGGAGUUCUUGCUGGAACUUUAUUUGUGGUGAUCUUGUGGGCCUCAACACUGCUCUGCAAACGAAACAGGACUCAAAGGGCAGAUAAAACUAUACUUAUUCGGACUGACGCGGCUGAUUCAGUCAACAACGGGGAAGAGUCUUUUUAUGCCAAUAAAGUGAUGAUGUCAUCAGUCGAAGCCCCAACACUAAAUCAUCGAGAACACCUACAAUAUUCCACUAUUAACUUCAUAAACAACAGACCAGAGUCAAACCUUGUCAGAGGAAUCUCUUCGCUUACCACAGAGUAUGCUGCGAUCCAAUAUUGUAGCCAAAAUGUAACAGAAAGUGAAGCAACGAGCAGAGAAGCACCAUCGGUGCUGCCAAAUAAAGAUCCCAUUUACCAGGUUCCAAACAAAGCAGCAGAUGGAAGUGUUUGCUGUAGAGAUUUCAGCAUCAGUUUGCCAGAGAAGAUUCAAGCUCUCAGUGGAUCCUGUGUGAUUAUAAAGUGCAGAUUUGACAUUAGUGAAGAAUAUGAUAAAGACCUCACUGAGAGAGCUGCUGGAGUCUGGUAUAAAGACAAACAUGAUAAGGGCAGCAGCCCAGUGUUUAAAUCUAAUGCAUCAACCCCCAACUCUUUUAUUAAAGGGAAUGUAACUGGACAAUUAAAAGACAAGGACUGUACCACUGUCUUUUAUAAUGUCACAUCAAAUCACAUUGGUCAGUAUUUCUUCAGGAUUGAGGGUGAAGGUGGACUGAAAUGGACCUACAAAGAAGACAGUGUUUCAGUAGAAGUGAUCGAGUCUCCAGUGAAUCCUCGUGUUGUGCUGUAUGUGGAUGAGCAGGAGCUGCAGGAUCAGCAGGAGGUGUUGGAGGGCAGAUCUGUGAGUCUGCGCUGCUCUGCUGAGACUCUCUGCUCUUCUCCUCCAGCAACUCUCACAUGGAGCUCCACUGCCAGAAUCCCCUUCAGUGAGAGCAGCAAACUACAGGAGCUCAUCAUCUCUGAUCUGAACUUCACUGCUGCUCAGCGGCACCACAGAGUCACUUUCACCUGCUCUAUAAACUACCAGCUGCAGGACAACAACAGAACAGCUCACAGCAGCAUCACAUUACAUGUGCAGUAUGCUCCUCAGAUCUCAAACUCCAGCUGUACCAAAACUAAUGUUACUGUGUGUUUCUGUGAAGCUGAUGGGAAUCCCUCUCCUGAAGUGGAGUGGCAUCUGUCUGAACGUCUCGUCUCGAACUCUUCAAACACAUUCAUCAGUGAAGAGCGAUUGAGCAACACAAGCUUGAGGAGCUUCAUCUCUCUACAUCAGUCUCUCACACACACAAACAAUCUGCUGUGUGCUGUUCAACUGGAGGACAAGACUGAAUAUGCCAAUUAUAUUAUUCCACCUCCUGAAUUCACCACAAUAAAAUCUCAAGAAUCUCUCCAUUAUGCUUCAGUUGAGUUCAAAAACAUCAAACAAGAGUCAAAGGAAAUGAAGGAUAUAUCAUCGCUGACCACCGACUAUGCUGUUAUCAAUUACUCUGGUGGAGUGACAAAGACGGAAAGUUCUGUUUACUGGGUGUCUGUUGAUAAAGAGAUGAACACUGCAGAGAAAGUAACUCUCUUCUGUUAUCUUCUGAAAGGUGUUUGCUGUAGAGAUUUUAACAUCAGAUUGCCAGAGAAGAUUCAAGCUCUCAGAGGAUCCUGUGUGAUUAUAAAGUGCAGAUUUGAAGUUGACAAAACAUAUGAUAAAAAUCUCAGUAUGAGAGCGGCCGGAGUCUGGGUCCAAGACGGGACUGAUGUGGACAAAUAUCUAGUGUUUAUUUCCAGUGCAUCAAUGCAGAACUCUAUAACUGUAAAAUUAAAAGACAAGGACUGUACCACUGUCUUUUAUGAUGUUAGAUCAAUUCACAGUGGUCAGUAUUUCUUCAGGAUUGAGGGUGAAGGUGGACUGAAAUCCACCUUUGCGAAAACCAGUGUGUCAGUAGAUGUGAUUGGUGAGUGAAAUAUGCAUCUGUAAGUUGUGCUGUAUGUGGAUGAGCAGGAGCUGCAGGAUCAGCAGGUGUUGGAGGGCAGAUCUGUGAGUCUCCGCUGCUCUGCUGAGACUCUCUGCUCUUCUCCUCCAGCAACUCUCACAUGGAGCUCCACUCCUAGAAUCCCCCUCAGCAGCAAACUACAGGAGCUCAUCAUCUCUAAUCUGAACUUCACUGCUGCUCAGCGGCACCACAGAGUCACUUUCACCUGCUCUAUAAGCUACCAGCUGCAGGACAACAACAGAACAGCUCACAGUAGCAUCACAUUACAUGUGCAGUACUUUCCUAAAAACACCUCAGUUUCUGUCUCUCCCUCUACAUCUGUGUUGGAGGGCCGUUUAGUGACUCUGACCUGCAGCAGUGAAGCAAAUCCUGCAGUGCUGAGCUACAGCUGGUCUAGAGACAGUGAAGGACAGUUGGAGAUGCUGCAGACUGGAGAAACUCUUACCUUUAAUGAGACAACAUUAUCUCACAGCGGCUUGUACUUCUGUACAGCUCAGAACAAACAUGGCAACCAGACGAAAGAAGUGACGCUCGACAUCCAGUAUGCUCCUCAGAUCUCAAACUUCAGCUGUACCAAUACUAAUGUAACUGUGUGUUUCUGUGAGGUUGAUGGGAAUCCCUCUCCUGAAAUGGAGUGGCAUCUGUCUGAACGUCUCGUCUCAAACCCUUCAAACCUGUUCAUCAGUGAAGAGCGAUUGAGCAACACAAGCUUGAGGAACUUCAUCUCUCUACAACAGUCUCUCACACACACAAACACUCUGCUGUGUGUCAGUAAAAACACUCAUGGCAAUGCAAGUCAACUGUUUCAUCUGGACUUCCUUACUCAACAAAAAUGUAGAAAUCUACACUUUAUUCUGAUUGGAGCUGCUGCUGGGGCUUUGGUGAUUGUGAUGUUGUGUGCAGUUACAUAUACAUGUGUCCGAUCUAAGAUGAACACUGCUGAGAAAAUCGUUUCUGUUUGUUUUCUCCUGCAAGGUGUUUGCUGUAGAGAUUUUAACAUCAGUUUGCCGGAGAAGAUUCAAGCUCUCAGUGGAUCCUGUGUGAUAAUAAAGUGCAGAUUUGAGAUUAAUGAAGAAUAUGAUAAAGACCUCACUGAGAGAGCUGCUGGAGUCUGGUAUAAAGACAACCGUGACAAGAGCAGCCCAGUGUUUAACUCCAGUGCAUCAAUGCAGAACUCUUUUAUUAAAGGGAAUCUAACUGGAAAAUUAUUAGACAAGGACUGUACCACUGUCUUUUAUAAUGUCACAUCAAAUCACAGUGGUCAGUAUUUCUUCAGGAUUGAGGAUGAAGGUGGACUGAAAUGGACCUACAAAGAAGACAGUGUUUCAGUAGAUGUGAUCGAGUCUCCGGUGAAUCCGCGAGUUGUGCUGUAUGUGGAUGAGCAGGAGCUGCAGGAUCAGCAGGAGGUGUUGGAGGGCAGAUCUGUGAGUCUGCGCUGCUCUGCUGAGACUCUCUGCUCUUCUCCUCCAGCAACUCUCACAUGGAGCUCCACUGCCAGAAUCCCCCUCAGUGAGAGCAGCAAACUUCAGGAGCGCAUCAUCUCUGAUCUGAACUUCACUGCUGCUCAGCGGCACCACAGAGUCACUUUCACCUGCUCUAUAAACUACCAGCUGCAGGACAACAACAGAACAGCUCACAGCAGCAUCAAAUUACAUGUGCAGUAUGCUCCUAAGAUCUCAAACUCAAGCUGUUCCAGUACUGAUAUAACUGUGUGUUUCUGUGAGGUUGAUGGGAAUCCCUCUCCUGUAGUGGAAUGGCAUCUGUCUGGACGGCCCGUCUCGAACUCUUCAAACACGUUUAUCAGUGAAGAGCGACUGAGCAACACAAGCUUGAGGAGCUUCAUCUUUCUACAUCAGCCUCUCACACACACAAACAAUCUGCUGUGUGUCAGUAAAAACACUCGUGGCCCAUCAACUCAACUGUUUCAUCUGGUCUUCGUCCCUCAAAAAGAAAUCUUGAAUCUAGUCUUUAUUCUGAUUGGAGUUGCUGCUGGGGCUUUGGUGAUUAUGAUGUUGUGUGCCUUUAAAUAUACAUAUACAUGUGUCCGAAAAAACAAUGGGAAACUUCAGCCAACUAUCCAAGAAGAAGGUGCUAAGGAAAGUGGUGAAAUUACAGAUGAAUUUUUAAUAGACACAAUCAAUCAGGUGGAGAGUGUCUCUUGUCUCCAUGCUGACUAUGCAGUGAUCCAGUAUGGUUCUGGAGGAGCCGCAGAAGCAGAGAAUUCAGUGAGAGAGUCUUCAAGAUCAACAGAAGCACAGGUGAUUGUGAGAGCAAAUGAGCUUAAUAAACAAACAGAGUCACAGCAAUCAGAGGAAGAGCUGUUUAAAGAAGACUCUCAGCUUUAUGCAAAGGUUAAAUGCCAUAGUCCAUAG